AAAAAGCAGCGUAGGGUGGUUUUGGCGCAGGAGUGGCGUCCAGCCAGCCUGAGUGUUCGUUACUUACAUCAUAACACAACAAACCAUAGACUAGAAUUCUACCGACAUACUUAUUAACAGUUAGACUAGUUGAAAUCUACCACAAUCAUGACGGAGAAAGGGGACUUGGAAAGCGGUGACCCGGAUUCAGAAUGUACGAAGCAACCAAUGGACCUGCCAGUUCUACCUAAAUCACUAACAUUCGAAGAGAAGAAAUAUCUCUUAGCAGUUGAACGUGGAGAUAUGGCUAAUGUACGAAGGAUACUUCAAAAAGCACAUCGUCGUAACAACGUAGAUAUGAACUGCGUAGACGCGUUAGGUCGAGGUGCACUUACUCUGGCUAUAGAUGGAGAGAAUCUGGAGAUGGUUGAACUCCUUAUAGUAAUGGGAGUGGAUACCAAGGAUGCAUUGCUUCAGGCUAUCAAUGCAGAAUUCGUCGAGGCUGUUGAACUGCUGUUGGAACAUGAAGAGUUGAUACAUAAAGUUGGAGAGUCUUAUAGUUGGCAGAAAGUAGAUCCAAACACAGCGAUGUUUACACGGGACAUAACACCAUUGGUACUGGCCGCGCAUAAGAACAACUAUGAGAUAAUCAAACUGCUGCUGGAUCGUGGCGCCACGCUGCCAGACCCUCAUGACAUCAGGUGCGGUUGUGAUGACUGCAUUCGUGAUUCAACCGAGGACUCUCUACGACACUCGUUGGCCCGACUCAAUGAGUACCGAGCGCUUGCCUCGCCCUCGCUCAUCGCGUUAUCUUCUACUGAUCCAAUUCUUACCGCUUUUGAAUUAUCCUGGGAACUAAGGAACUUGGCUUUUGCUGAACAGGAAAGUAAAGCAGAGUACCUAGAGCUACGUCGUCAGGUACAGAAAUUUGCAGUAGAUCUGCUGGACCAGUCGCGCAGCUCACAGGAGCUGGCCAUCAUCCUCAAUCACGAUCAGGACGAAACCCCCUUCAAUGAAGGAGAGCAUAUGAAGCUAGCGAGACUAGAACUGGCGAUUAAUUUCAAGCAAAAAAAGUUCGUAGCACAUCCAAAUAUCCAACAACUACUGGCUUCUAUCUGGUACGAUGGUGUACCAGGUUUCCGUCGCAAAUCGGCGCUGGAAAAGAUCAUGAUAAUAUUCCGUGUCGCUUUACUCUUCCCAUUCUAUUGCUGUCUCUACAUGAUCGCUCCAAACUGCGAGACUGGCAAGCUCAUGAGGAAACCAUUUAUGAAGUUCUUGAUACAUGCCUCCAGUUAUUUAUUCUUUCUCUUGAUCCUAAUACUGGUGUCGCAACGUGCAGAAGUUCAGUUAAUACAAGUCUUUGGAUCUGAGGAGAUGUUGAAGGAUCUAGAGAAAGAAAUGUUAAAGCAAAGAGGAAAUGCUCCAUCAUUCCUAGAGGUCCUUGUGUUUAUAUAUGUUUUAGGUUUCAUCUGGGAAGAAACUCAGGAAAUCUAUGUUGAAGGUAUCCGUUCAUAUCUUAGAAAUAUGUGGAACUUCAUAGAUUUUACUAGAAAUUCCCUCUACGUCGCCGUAGCACUGCUACGAAUAGUUGCUUACAUCCAGCAGACGGCAGAAAUAGAAAGAGAUCCACAGACCAAGUUUAUACCAAGAGAGCAUUGGGAUGCUUAUGAUCCACAAUUAAUAGCUGAAGGAUUGUUUGCUGCAGCGAAUAUUUUCAGUGCAUUGAAACUGGUCCAUUUGUUCUCCAUCAACCCUCACUUGGGCCCGCUGCAGAUCUCUCUCGGGCGUAUGGUCAUCGAUAUUGUUAAGUUCUUCUUCAUCUACACCCUUGUGCUCUUCGCGUUUGCUUGCGGUCUGAAUCAAUUGCUAUGGUACUUUGCUGAGCUGGAGAAACAGAAAUGUUACGUGCUCCCUGGCGGUCUUCCGGACUGGGAUAACGCGGGGGAUUCUUGCAUGAAAUGGAGGAGUUUCGGGAAUGUAUUUGAAGCAUCUCAGUCUCUCUUCUGGGCGUCUUUUGGUAUGGUUGGUUUAGAGAACUUCGAGCUGGCUGGUAUCAAGAGUUACACUAGAUUCUGGGGCUUACUAAUGUUUGGAUCGUACUCCGUCAUCAAUGUCAUCGUGCUGUUGAACCUCCUUAUUGCUAUGAUGUCCAACUCUUAUGCUAUGAUUGAUGAACAUUCUGAUGUUGAAUGGAAGUUUGCACGAACGCGUUUGUGGAUGAGUUAUUUCGAAGAAGGGGCAACUCUGCCUCCUCCAUUCAACAUAUUGCCAACUCCAAAGCUGUUUUGUAAGUUGUUGGGGCUCAGGAAUAAGGAUAAAAUGAGAAAUAUGAAGAUGAAAGAACAGAAAGAGAUAGAUUUAGAUUUACGGUACACAGCGGUAAUGCGAGCUCUGGUCUGGCGGUACGUAUCCGCAAUGCAUCGGAAAAUGGAUGAUGAACCAGUUACAGAAGAUGACAUCAAUGAACUGAAGGGAGACGUUUCAUCAUUGAGAUAUGAACUGCUAGAAGUAUUCGAGAAGAAUGGAAUGGAUGUCUCAUUUACUGAUAGGAAAGAGAAGACGGUUCUUGCAAAACGUAUGAAGAUCUGGGAGCGUCGUUUAAUGAAGGACUUCCAAGUGGCACCAGUGGCUCCCGUGGAUGAUGAAGAGAAACCGGAGCAUGAGACAGCGCUGUCCAGGUUCAGGAGGAUCGCCAAGAUGGCGGUAGCAUCCACCAGUACCGCUAUGUGGGAUAGAACGUUAGCUGGGGCAGGGAUUUCGACACAAAUAGGUCGCUGCAGAACUAGAGAGUCGUUUAAGAACCAACAGAACCUUCAAAAAGCUAUGGACGAAGCAAGAAAGCUCGUCAUGAGAUCACCUUUACCAGAAGGUUCCCGUGUACCAACACCUAUAGAGAUGCCUUUACCAUCUGGACAUACAUUAUUGGAGCUAAUCAAAGAUAUAUCAACUGAAAUAGGACAACCAGAUUGUAAUAAAUCACCCUGGAAAAGCAAUUGUGAUGGUACAGCUGCAGAAUUUCUAAGUCCCAGCAUCGCACCGAGUAGAGCUGUAUCCCCUAGUAUGCGAGUUUUAAGUCCACCCACUAAAGUAUCCAGGGCAACAUCACCUAAUCCAGUAGCCUUAAGUCCUCUGCCGCGAUCUGUGUCUCCACGGUGCGAUUCAGAUUUUAUAAAACCUAAGCAGGAAUCGAAUUCAAUAAUCGAGACGUCACAAACUUCCGAAGAUAUUCUGAGGGCCGCUAAGAAGAAAGCUCCCGACGCACCUAAAUCACCUAACCAUCAGGCUGAUUUGGAAGUAAAAGAAAUGUCUACCUUAGCGAUCGCAAGACCAGUAGCGCCUGAGAUUAAACCGGCAGAGGGCGCUUUACCACCACCGCCGACCAAACCUAAAGCUCCAAUACCACCAUCUUUGGAAUUAGUACCAAGUUCACCAUCUAUAACAUCAGUGGCGCCCCCAACGCCAAAGAAGAAAGCGUCUACGGAAAAAACUGCACCACCUCGUCCGGUCUCUCCAAGACCUCCUUCACCUCAGCCUGAUGUUAAUAAAACCUGUCCUGCUUCACCACCAACACCAAAGCGACACUCUUCAACAUCGAGCACGGAGCAACUGAUACCGUCACCAGGAUACAAGACAUUGCGACCCAUCAAUAAAAUUGACGAAGUCAAGACAAUCAAGCGCCAAACAAAAACUGGAUGGCUAUAAAUAUUAUGAUUAAUCAGAUGUUUACACUACCGAAACAAGUGUACAAAACAUUUCUUUUUUUUUGUUUUUUUUCAAAGAUGACCUUGAAGCAGUAGAAUCAGACGGAUUAAGUUAAUCUAAAAUUGUGUUAUUAUAUUUAAUAUUAGCAGUUGCUUCAUAUUUAGCGUAAUUAAAGAGAAUCUAUUAAUAAACGUAAGCCUAUGUUAUCCGGGAAUAAUGUACCUUCCCAACAGUAAGAUAUUUUUUUAAAUCGGUUCAAUAGUUAGAGCCUAUUCUAAACAAACAAAUCUUUCUUCUUUUUACUUUUAAGUUUAGUUGUUCCCAUUUGGCUCAGUUUGCAUGUACUCGUUAUGUUACGUACAAUGGUACCAGGAUAUCAGGAAGCAAAAGAUAAUAAGCGUGUAGUUUCAGAGCGUUAAAUUCAUAUCUAAUUUGAAUGUCUGAUAGACUGUGAAUAUCUUUCAAUCUAUGAUAUCCUAGUAAUCUUACUACAAACAUGUUUUUAUU